CCUGACGCGACGGCGUUCCUAGUCGAGCCCUUGUGGCCGAGGCACCGAACGCAAGGGACGCUCCGCCCUCCUGGACGCGGUCGCUAUGGUAACCAGUCUUCGCUUCCAAGGAGUAUCUAGCAUGGUAAUCAUCAGUGAAAAUUCAUGAAUGUGAGCAAGGCAGUGCACUAAGCAGGAGAGACAAAGAGACUUCUUAAAGUAUAAAUUUAGUAUCUCUCCCAAGAAAAAACUUGAUUUCUCUUCAAUAAGAGUAAGUGAGAUCAUAUCUAUGCUUGAUGAGGAUGUUCAGCUUACAGGCUACUCUAGUCUUCCUCAGCCAUUACCGCACGUGGCUUCUCCAUCAAGGAGUUAGCGCAAGCUGAAAAUGGCAAAAAGAGAAGCAGAUGAUCACAGAGCAUCACUUUCUCAGUCUUCUUUAUCACCGCUGACUAAAGCCAUGAAGGUAUCACAGCAGAGCAAUGCUGAAGACACCUUCAGUGGAGAUACCAUUCACCCAAUUUCCAAAUGUAUUUCAAAAGACUUACCAAGAGAGUAUAUGUCAUCCCAGGCAAAAGCAGUUAUUAAAACUACUGAAGAUUAUUUGCAGCCUCAGUUUGGCCCCAACAGACUUUUACAUUCAGCGGCAGUAUCAGAAGGGUCAGGACUUCAAGAUUGCUCCACACAUCAAACAGCAUCAGAUCAUAGCCAUGAUGAAAUAUCAGACCCAUAUCGCUACAAAUCAAACAGUAAAAACAAUUCUUGUUUUAUAUCAGCAUCCAAGAGAAACAGACCUGUCAGUGCUCCAGUGGGUCAACUGAGAGUUGCAGAGUUCUCUUCUUUAAAAUUUCAGCCAGCCCAGAAUUGGCAUAGAUUGUCUCAAAGAUGCAAACUUCAUCCUGAAGUGAUUACAGUAACAGCUUACAAAAAUGGAUCUAGAACAGUCUUUACCAAAGUUACAGUACCAACCAUCACCUUGUUGCUGGAGGAGUGCACAGAAAAGCUGAAUCUGAACAUGGCCGCACGACGAGUGUUCUUGGCAGACGGCACUGAAGCCCUCAAACCUGAAGAUAUACCCCAUGAAGCCGACGUUUAUGUUUCAACAGGAGAGCCCUUUUUAGAUCCAUUCAAAAAAAUUAAAGACCAUCUGUUGUUAAUGAAGAAAGUAACUUGGACAAUGAAUGGGCUGAUGCUUCCUACUGAUGUUAAAAGACAGAAAACCAAACCUGUUCUUUCUCUUAGAAUGAAGGGACUUACUGAGAAGACCUCAGUCCGAAUUCUGUUCUUUAAGAAUGGCAUGGGACAAGAUGGGCAUGAGAUUACAGUGGGAAAGGAAACGAUAAAAAAGGUUUUAGAUACUUGCACAAUGAAAAUGAACCUAAAUUCACCAGCCAGAUAUCUUUAUGAUUGGUAUGGCAGAACAAUUAAAGAUAUUUCAAAAGUUCCUCUGCUUGAAAAAUGCCUGCAAAAUUCCAUCACACCUUUGCGGGGACCAGUUUGGGUCUCUAAGGGAGAAGGUUUCAGCCCCUCAGGAGCUAAGAUGUACAUCCAAGGAGUUCUUUUGGCCUUGUACCAACGACUAAAGUCUGCAAAAAAAUAUUAUACACAGUUGAACCUGGCUGUAGAUGAACAGAAAGAAAAAAUUACUGAAAAAGCAAUUCUUUCAAUGACAGCAAAGGAACACCAUAAGGCACAAGAAGAAGUGAGCAGGCUGAUUGAUGAAUUGCAGACAGCUAUCAAAAGCAACAGAGGUCAUCUCUCUAAACUUGGCCCCCAAUUACAGGCUGAGCAGGAGCAAUUCUCCUCUUAUGUCUACCAACACAUUAAAAGCCUUCCAGCAAACACUCUUAUCCCAGGAGGCCUGCAGCUCAAGAUAUUUGAAAAUGGUAAAGACACUGGCGAGAUCUCUGUUUGCAUCAGCAAAAAAGACCUGGAGUCGAAUAGUCCAACUCAAACUGGUGAUAUGAUGGAAAAAUUACUUCUCAAGAUUCAUCAAAGGCUUCAAGGAUCACCCAUCAACCCAUCAGGCCUCAAUUUUUCUUCAAUCCGGCUUUUUGAUGAGCAUGGUCAAGAAAUUAAGAAUCCACUUUUGCUGAAGAAUGAGCAGAAAAUUUGGGUCUCUUAUGGUAAAGCAUACAGAUCUCCACUUACACCUGUUUUGAGUCUCACCUUUGACCAAGUGACUGCAUUGGACAAAGAUGGCAUUACAGUUGCAUAUAAAACCUUCUUGGACCCUAAUGCUGUUCUUCUACCUGGAUGUGACAAUUGGGAAGUUUGUGAGAGAUUUCCAAUUAAUUUCAACAGUACCAGUCAAGAGAUACCUGAUCAAUUUGAAAAGGUAGACUUGGAGAACCAUUUCCUACAGAACAAGGUGGAUCCCAAUAUUGUCCUUCAUGCCUCUGUUUCCAUCAAAAAGCGGAGCUCCUCCAGUAGGGAAGCAAGCAGUGGAAGUGAGACCGCGCCAUCCAUCCUGUGGCCUGCAGCCAGUGUGUGGCUGAUCACAAAGGCUGGAAUGAUCUUGAGCCGGGCGAUAACGCAGGGCUGCCUAGCUAUUGGUCACCCAAUCAGAGUCAAGGCUGCUGAGGGAACAUCACUAGAAGGAUAUACAUUAAUCCUACAGAAAAGACAUAAAGGAGAUAAUUCUCAAAAGUGGGUGUUUGGAACUGACAGCUGCAUUUAUUCUAAGGCUUAUCCACAGUUUGUUCUGACCUACCUAGAGGAGCUCACCGCACAAGUGGAUAUGACUCAGACAGAGUAUCACAUUCACCGUGGUGCCCGGACUACAACUCAUCAGGAACAUGGUAGCAGCUUAGCAGAAGAGGUUCUACAAGAAUGUGCUAGCAUCCCUGGUCUGAAGGAACUGCCAGAGCCUUCAGACACCCAUUUAAUGCCAGAAGGUCCUCUUGGGGAGACAAGGCAGCUGACAGUGGCACUGGUGAGGAAACUAGAAGAGAAACAUCCUAAGGCUUCUGCUCAGAGAUGGGCCAUAAAACAUGAAGGGACUAAUAAGCCAGGCCAGUGGAAACAUUCCAGAGUUGAAAACCCACUCUGGAACAAGCUUACCUACAUGUGGCCGGUUCUUCCCAGUGGACAACUUAAUGAGGAGUUUGAUUGGCCAAUAGAAGGACUGCUUAUUCCAAACAGUCCUCCCAUGAAGAAAUCUAUCUGUAAGACCCCAGAGCUGUGUGUCCCUGUGAGGCUCAGAGUUCUACGGAAUGGAGACAAGAAUAAAAACAGAGCCUUUGUUAUAAUUGGCCCAGACAUCUCACCUGGAUGGAAAAUACAAAAUGUUGACGUUAAAAGGGAAAAGAACGUGAAAAACCACAUUACUAACUAUUUUGAAACAGAAACAACCCAGACUGAAUUUCACCAACUUUUGGAGAGGUGCACUGAAAUUUUAAAUUUACCUUCUGCAGCUCGGAGAUUGUUCAAUGAAAAAGGAAAAGAAAUCUUUGCCUUAAAAGACCUUCAAAGGGAUGAACUGGUAUAUGCUUCAUGUGGAGAACACUGGAUCAAUCCUGAUGUGUCCACUACUCAGCAAAAGAAGCAAAUCUUCCUGAGGAACUUAGCAUCAGAUAUUUCUAAAAUCCAAACUUUCUGCAGUAUACGUAAGAUAGAGGCUCUUGUUUUAGAAGUCCAAAGUGACAUUGUGUCGGGAGCCAAGCUUGCUGUGCAUAGACCUGUAGCAAUUUUUGGAGAAGAGAAGCAAAUGAUAGGACCAAAGGAAAAGCAAAUGCAAGAAAAUGCUUUAACAACAGAAAAAGCUUCCAGUGAAAUUCUAGAUUCACAUGCAAGAGCCCAUCUCCGAAUGAAAGCUUGUCACACACUUCUCAGGUAUGCCUGGCAGGAAACUCCUCAUGACUUUGAUGAGGAUGACAGUCUUCCAAAGAAAAUGGAAGAAGAACUCUUUGAAAAUGUUGAACCACAGAAGAAACACAGCCAUUCUCCAAAGCAGAGUAAAUUGCAGAAGCUUUGCCGCCAGCAGUUUGAAUACAGAGAUGGGCAAAUUAUAAGCUGUGCUGCUCCUCAGCUAGUUUUGGGAGUUCGAGGUCCUGAUCUGCGCUCAGGCACGGAGGUAGUUUUGGUGGAGAAAAAAGCAGAUGAUAGUCAUCAACGAUGGAUGCACAAGAAAGACAGCAGGACCUUUCACCUGGUGAGUAACCCAGACCUUGUGCUGGCAGUGUCUAUGACCAAAACAAGAAAUGAUGUCUGUGGCUAUCCAGUUAUUAUUCAGAAAUACAAACCAUAUAACAAUGGGACAUCCAAUCAAAAGUGGAAUUGUGUGGACGAUAGCAAAGCUUUUGUGGCCUUUCAUAGCACUGCACUGGACAAGGAGAUCACAGCAGCAAAUUAUGCUGGUAUUUGUACAUCCUCUGUGAUUAAAGAGGAAAGCGUUGAUCAACCAGGAUACUAUUAUCUUGCACCGACUGGAAAGAAAAAAACAAUGCUCUGCUUAGCAUGUGGACGAUCCAUGAGAGCAGAGAAGGGGCUCCAACAGUUGCUUCCAGGGCUGCCCUUCCUCUGUGCCUCAGGCUCCAUGACCCAGAAGCAGUUCUCACGAGGGCCUUUCAAGGUCAUCAGUGUGGCAGGGGCUGAUUUGUCUUUUUAUGAGGCUGAGAAAACGCUAAAUUAUUAUGAAGAACGCCUGUUAUCUUUGCGGAGGAAGACCUGCACCCAAGUUGUACCUCGUAGUGGUACAGCAGCUACGCACCAGAAGGCAGUGAAAAUAAUUGCAUACAAAAACGGAGGUGGAUAUCGGAAUGGGAAGUUAAUUGUGGCUGGAACAUUCCCCACACUUCUUACAGAAUGCACGAAGCAACUUGGUCUCACCAGAGCAGCCUCCAAAGUAUAUACCAAAGAUGGGACCACGAUCCUUUCCUUAUGUGAUUUGGUUUUAUGGGCGCUAGAGGAGUCUUUCAUCCAGAGAAACACCGAGAAACAAAAGAAAGAGUCAGUUCCUGUUGCAACAAAGGAGACAACUAUUAAAAGUAUGGAAGAAAACCAGAGAAUGAAAGUGAAAACCAAAUUGGUUCCAAAGUCUGUGACAUCCGAUACUUUGGAUGGUAUAGAUAAGUCUCUGCUUGCCCUCGUCCUCAGAAAUCCCAUUGCUAUCUGGGUAUCCUGCGGUGAACCAUUUCUAUCUCCAAAGGCUUUGCAGAAAGCAGAAAAAGUAGAAAAACAGAACUGGUUAAAAAAGGACAAAAUUUUGGCUGAUCUAGACACCAUGAAACACAAAAUGAGACUGUUAAAAGGGCGGCGAGUAGCAGCAUGUCAGCCAGCCGCCAUGGUUCCCAACAAAAACCCCAUGCGGCCGGUGGUGGUGGAGGGAGGCUGGACUGAGCGGAGUCAAGAGGAAAUUAAACUCAUGGAACUCAUAAGACAUACAGAGGCGCACCUUUCUGCAGUUCAAGUACCACAAGCCAAGACAAACUCUCCAGUUGAAACUACACGUAUUGCACUUGGACAGAGCAGCCUGUAUCAGCAACCGAAUGCAAAACGCGUGUGGAUUUAUCUAAAUGGAGGCAGACCUGACGAUGGCACUUACGCCUGGGGCAAAACUAUUUCAGAGCUGCUGAGUGACUGCUCUUCUCGUCUUAAAAUGGUCCGCCCAGCCACAAGACUGUACACACCUGAUGGAGAACCAAUUCACUCAUGGGACGACAUAGAGCGAGACAUGGUCAUCUGCGUUUCCACAGGACAUGGCUUUAUAACCCAAAAAGAGUUAAAGCAACUGAUGGAGGUCAGGGCAAAUUAUGCCAGAAUCCGAAGGCAGCAGGGCCCUGAAGCCACAAACAUCGCGGUGUCACAACCUCACAAGCUGCAACUCCCGGAAAGAAGACUUUCUUCAUCUACUUGCAAACCAAAGGCUGUGAUAGGAAGGAGAACAAUAGGCAUCGCUGACAGGCCUGGCAGCCCUGAGCGGAACCUCCACAGAAGAGCAGUCUCAGACGUCUGGAGUCUGCCUGGAAAUCGCGGCUACCCAGCCGCAGAGAAAUAGGGUACCUUGGAUCAGAACACCCAGCCUGCUCUACUGCUGUACUAUGCACAUAUAUAGAAGAUGGUGAUGUUUCCAAACAUGCAGAUAACUUUUGGAUCAUUUCAUUCUGAGUCGUGUUAUAAAUGUACUUCAGUUUAAUUUAGUCAAAACUAACUGUACCCUCAGUCAGAAAUGAGGUUAAAAUGACUUUGAACACUCUUUGAGGUGUUGUUUACAAAUGACCUUAAACUGUUACAUUUUUAUAUGAAAAAUAUAUUGGAUUAUGGUUUAAUGCCACUACCUUGGCUAGAGUUCCCAGAUUUGAAAAGGUCUAGAUUUAGGAGUCCAAGACAUGCUGUAAAGCUGCUCUGUCCAUUCUCUGCUUUGUUCCCAGAGCCUAGCACAGUGCCUGGAAACCAGUAGGUGCUCAUUAAAUCUUUGUUCAGUAUCAAAUGAGGAGCCACAUUUCGACUCUGGCUGUGCUUCUUACUACCCAUGGGACAUAUCUAUUUUCUCAACAAUGACAUGAGAAUACUAAUAUUUCCUUCAACCCUCCCCCCCCAGAAGUUGUUUUAGCAUCAGAUGAGAUAAAGCGUAGAAAAACAUUUUUCCUUUUUUUUUUUUUUUUCUGAAGAAAGGAAUAGUCUUCAAAUUAGGCAUAGAUUUCAUGUGGAUAUAAAAGAAGAAAGUGUACUAAAAGAAGUAUCAUUGGACUAUUGUAGGGGAAAGAAUGAGCUCACAGACUUAGAAUUCAAAAUCAACCAUUUUAUUUUACAGAAUGUUAAUGCUGAAAUGAAGAGGAGUGUUCGGAUGCUAGAAGUGAGAGGUCACCACUCCCUAGGCUUUAAUGCAUCAAAAUUUCAAGUUUCUUUAAUUCGUGUGUACAGCUUAAGGCAAUUCAGAACUUCUUGUGGCCAGUAGGGGAGGGGUUACAUGACAUCCUUGUAAAUUGGGGAGAAGGGACCUUCUGAUCCUCAGUAGAGGAGGGGAAGACAGGUGCUUCAGUUGAAAGUUAGCAAAGUUAUUUUAAAGAGGUGCUGAGAACAUACUUUUUUUGACUAUAGUUUACUUAAGAAUUUGAAAAGCAAGGAAUACCCCAAAUCUAGAGGAAAUUGGCAUCAUUUAUUUAUGUAACAUCUAUUAAUGGAAGUUCUGUGAUACACUAACACCAUUUUGGGGACUGGGCCUAUGAUGCUGAAUGAGAAAGAAUCUUAGUUCUCAUGGACCUUACUGACUUGGGGAAGGUGCACAGUCAAUAAAAAAGAGAAACAAAAAAUAGGAUAACAACCAGUGAUAAAUGUUUUGAAGGAAAGAACACGGGGUAAAGGGAUAGAAAGUAGCUGAACAAAUAGAUAUUCAAAUGCAUAUAGUUGUCAAAACAUCUUUGUUGAGUGAAUAAGUAAGUGAAUGGUGAUAUAAAAAUAUUGCUUGCAGAGGAUAAUAACUGUAAUUUGCUACUUUGGGCAGCACUCUUUGAAAGAGUUUGGGGAAGAGAGCAGUAGACUUGGAGGUAGUAGAUAAGAAUUAUCUCUGCUCUCCUCAUCAGGCUGUGUGGUCUGGGGAAACUCACCUAUUCUUUCUGUGUCUUGAAUAUAGACUAGAAGAUAUCAUCAAGAUAUCAUCUCAUUCAGCAGAAGCCUCUCAACUUUAAGAUAUGCUGACUUCUGACAGAUGCAAAGAGUAAAUUUUGAGAUGUCUUUCGAAAUGUUAUUGAGUUUAUAUUUAUGUCUCCUGGGGUCUCAGCAAAUUGUCAUCCCUGCCACCAUCCCCAUCUUCGCUACCAAGAUUGUCAGGAGGGGAAGUAUUGCCCGGUGGGUGGGAACACAGGCACCAGAGGCAGUAAAUAUUAGCUAGGAAGCUACCCUCUAUGUAUCAGGCACUAUGCUAGCUCAUGACAUUUAUUAACCUGUUUCGUCCUCAUGUGUAUUAUUAUCAUGUGUAUUAUUAGCUCCAUUUUGCAGAUCUGGAAACAGGCACUGAUGUUAAAUAAACUGCCCAUGGUCUCACAGCUGAGGAAGAGCAGAGUGAUGCCUGAGGCUAAAAGCAUGGGCACUAAACCCCUAUACUAACCAUUGUCCAUUCACUCAUUCAAGAAGUGUUUAUUUAUUGAGCACCUACUAUGUACUAAGUAUUUGUUUGAUCAAGUUUAGUUUGGCAUAGGCAGAUGACCCUCCUUCGUGUCAAGAGAAAAUAAAAUGCACAGGAGAGAGAGAGAGAAAAGAAGUGAAUACAAAGUAUACCCUAUCUAUUCCUUUGGUUGAACAGAGGAGAAACAACAUAUUUUUUGCUACCACUCUCUCAGCUUCUGGAAUCUCCCCGUCUGCUCUCUGUUUGAACUUGGGCAAAUAUAAAACUUAUAUUUUCUUCUGUUCCCUGAGCGUACAGAAUCCCAGAGCAUUUGGUUUAGAUUAAAUCCGUUGACCGAGGCAUUAUAAUUCGGCUUCAACACAGAUGAUCCCGUCACCCAGCGCCUUAUCUAACCUAACUGCUUAUUACAGUAACAGAGUACACUAGUCUGGGGGCCAGGGGCAGGGCCGGGAGCGGGGGAGAAGGUCACUCAGGUUUAGCAGCCACAUGGACACAGCAGGAUGGU